AUGACGGAAAAAUUAAAGGACUAUCAAGUUCUUGACGUACUCUGCGGUGGCACAUUUUAUAAAGUAAGGCACAAGGUCACGAAUAGCAUAUUUGCGUGGAAGGCGUAUAAUUGCUCUACGUUCUCUGACGAACAAAUACAAAACGUUGUUAAUGAAGUGAAAAUAUUAUGUAAAGAACUAUCUGGCAACUUCCUACGUUACUACGACACGAUACUCCAUGGACUGACGAAAACACUUUACUUUGUUCUCGAGUACAAUUCUUGGCAGAGCAUACAUGAAUUGAUCGCUCUUUGCAAGGCCACCGAUAAGCAUUUUUCCGAAGGAUUCAUCUGGUACCUGUUGCUGGAGCUUGCCCGUUCGUGUAAGGUCGUAGAAGAUUUUAAUUUUGUAGCUCUGAAAAAAUGCAUAACGACGGAGUCGAUUUUUGUGGGGCAGAAUGGCGAGUUACGCAUCAACUGUUUCGAGCUGUAUGGAGAAACUCCCGUUUCCUCGAGCCUCGUGCAACAAGUCGGGGAACUGUUACGCAUUUUGUUUUACCUCCCUGGCGCUAGUGAUGAUAAAAUCAAAGAAUUUCACUACAGCGACGACUUGAGAGACGUUUUAAGUUUCAUAACUGAUCUAAGGAAUGCCAAUAUACGUCCAGAUGUUGUUCUCUAUCAUCCUACUAUCCUUGCAAAUACAGAAACUUUGACGUGUCCAAAACUUUUGUCAGAGAUCCUUGUCUCAGCGAAAGACCCUCUGUCAUCAUCAGGAGCAAACAAGUGUGACUCAGAGAAGGCAGUGGAGCAGGGUAGAAUUAUUGAACCGGCUCCAAGGACUCAUUUCAAUGCUUUUGAUAGCCCUAUUUAUUGCAACGUUCAGCCUGAAUGGUUGUUUGAGAAAGAUGAUGACAAUAAAUGUACUCGAGAGCCAAUAUCUCCUACUAUUGCUGCGCUGGCUCUAGAGCUGCCAGGCUAUGUGCCAAGAUGUAGAAAACCUUACAGUGAAGCACUAGAAGUGUACAGUCGUCCACAAAUGGUGUCGGAGGAGACAUUAAGUCAGCAAUGGAUGUCUCGUCUCAUAGCACUCAGGGAGAGGGAGGAGUCUUUGAACAAGAGAGAAAGAAAUUUACUAUCUAAAGAAAUAGUUAACAGUCCAAUGACUAAAGUUGUUUGUACGGAUGAUACUAGAGAGUCAUGUACUAGUAAAAGUAAUGGUAUAACUCUACCUCCAGUGUUUAACCAAGUGAGUGAGGAAGUAAAGAACAACUGGGUGUCUCGUCGGCGACAGAGGAGGUCUAGCUCAGUGAAGACAAGGGGGAGACGGAAGAGCUAUGCUUAUGAAGAUCUGGACAGCUCAUUAUCAGCAGAUAAUGGGGACGGUAGCAUCAUAGUUACAGCUGCAAAAAUUACUAAACACAACAUGCCUGUGAGAAAUAUAUUUCCUGAUGUCUCUACUAAGAAAGUUCAUUUUGGUUCAACUAAUCCAUUUGUUGAAAGUGACGAAAGUGUAACUCUAACAUUUUACGAGUUGGAGAAUGUGGACAGUGAAGGGUAUCAAGUUCCAAAGCAGGGGCAGAAAGUACUUAAUGAUAUAUCUAAAUUCAAGUACUUGGACUUGGAAAAGUUAACAUCGGAAAAGAGAGCUGCAAUGAACCAAGGAUCAUCUUCUCCUUCGAAGCAAGCCAAGUUCUGCAGUAAAGUGUUUUCUGAUAUAACAAACAGCACCAUGAGAAAGACGCCAUCUAAAAGUAGCCUAUCUUCCAAGGGAUCAAAUAUGUCUAAAACUUCAGGAAGCAGUUCCCGAAGCAUGUGGAGCUCAGACUGUCACAAGGUGUGUGACAGUGAUAAGAGUGUGAAAAAUAAUUUAAAUGAUAAAACAGCCUACACGCAGACUCCUACUAUCCCACCAGAACUUAAGAAAUCCAAGAGAAAGUCUUUGCUACCAUUCAAGACUCCUUUUAAAUUUAAGACUUCUACGAAAGUUUGACAGCUUUAUAUUUACACUCUUUUACUGUAAAAGAUUUAGGAGUAAGUGAAUUAUAUGCAAUCGUUUUAGUUUAUUAAGAAGUUAAUUAACUUUGCAUUAGGUAAGUUUUUUGGUUGUGGUUUAUUUUAAUUAGUAGCAUGCUUCCUUCAAUACUUGUUCCACUGAUGUGUAACGAACAAAUUUUGUGAUUUAUAUUGUUUUAUUUUUGUAUAUAAGAAUAAUAAUACGGACACCAACCCACCCUAAUUUAGUAUAGCGAGAUUAUCAAAUAUUGUUUAUACAAUAUAUUUUUAUAGUAUUAUGACAAUUUUAUAAAAAAAUAAUUAUCAUUUGUGUAAGAAUUAAAAGCAUAUGUACAUAUUGGAAAGUAUGAAUAUAUUGAUGUGGCUUAAAACUUGAAAACAUUUAAUGAAAAUAAUUUCUUAGUCUUUCGUCUUCCAUCUUUAUUGUUUAUAAUAAUUUAGUUUUUAAGGAAAAGUUUGAUUGUACUUUUAUGACUUGUUUUUUGAUCAGAUUGUAUAGAUAUAAGUUUACCAAUAUGUAUAUCAAAAUGUUAUAAAUUAAUUAUUCCAUAAAAUGUGUUGCCAUACUAUGAAAUUUUUAUGAAGAUAAUUAUAAAAUAAACAUGUAAUAUUAAGGGGAUUAAUAAAAAAAAGUAAUUAGUUAAGAAAAA